AGGGCGACAGCCAAACAGCCCACACCGAGCAGAGCCUGUGGGCAGGACACCGGCACCAGAGACGGCGAUUUAAUUGAAACCAUCUUUUCAAAAAUCUCUCUUCCCUACUAGACUGCCCCUGCUGACUUCGGCUUCUCCUCGGAGCAACUGAAACACACAUGUGUCAUCUUGCACAUUUUCUAUCCCCCGCCUCUAAGGCUAAGAUUGGCCAGAAAGUCAGAGUCAACUUUUGGUGAACUUUGGUCUGCUCCUGAUCAAUAAUGGGGAUCAUUUGGGUGGUUAUUAGGCUGAGUUUCUGACCGAUAUUAAUCAACCUACAGUAGGGGCAGGGCAACAUGAAUCUAGCUGAUCAGGCCCGUUAUUGGCUGUAAUAAUGCUUUGGCUUUUAAAGUUGUAAGAUGCAUUUCAUAGUUGGACUCAGAAAUAAACGUGCAGAAUAGCGCUUUGAUGCAAAAAUGCAAAAAUGCAAAACAAAACACUUGGACAAGAACUAAUUGACAUCAGAAAAUAAGGCUCUGGAGUCAUGAUAAUGCUGAAACUCUGGACUCUUCUUCUUGCCUAUGCGCUGAUCAUUUGUCAGAUGUACAUCUCUCAGGCAGCUCCAUCCAGAACUAGCAAGGAGUCAAUUUCAGAUGGAGUCACACUAUCGAAUGAUGAUGUGCAAAGGUUACUCGGAGCUAUCAAGGAGUUCAUGCAGAUAACUUCAGAUGAGCAAGACCGCCAAACAGCUGAUGGGAACAGCAAUGCAACAGCACAGAAGCGGGCAUGCAACACAGCCACCUGUGUCACCCAUCGCUUGGCUGACUUGCUGAGUCGGUCAGGGGGACUGGGACACAGCAACUUUGUUCCCACCAAUGUGGGUGCCCAGGCAUUUGGCAGACGGAAGCGGCGUGGCCCUGUGUGAGCACAAAAGCAAAUACAUGGACUGAGUGCCUCCUGCGUCAUCAUCCACCUACAAACACUUUUCAAUGAGAGCGUCAUUUAGAAAAUUACCCUUCACAAACAUGGAGUGACGUCUUAAAUUUUUAGUCUGUGCUUAAAAACAGCAAAAUAACUAGCAUUGGUGUCAUCGUCGUCAUGGAAAAGUAACUGGGAAUAUAUCUUCUUCUGCUAAGAGAGUUUAGAAUGGUUUUUUUUCUGUCUUUUCCUGAGGCUCAACUGCACUUCUGACCUGUGUCUGCAGUACAGUGUGUCAAACUGGAAGUCUUGUACUGUACAUCUGCACCACCAACUAAACUUUCAACAACUGUGGCUGUCUUGUGCCUUGAUGUAAAUCUCUUCAUUGCAUUUCAUUAAAGUGCACAAUGCAAUUAUGAAAAAUGUAUUAAUAAUU